GCAAAUCUCGCGAGAUUGUUAUACUCGCCCGCUACUGAACAAUCGAGCUGUCAGAAUACAGUUGAUAACACAAAAAGCGGUUUAUGUUAGCGAGUUGUUUGGCUACGGGUGAAAGGAUUCAUUUGGUUGUUCAUUUAGCUAGCGUUUAAAACGGACUAAUAACUUGUCCACAAGGUCCAUCGUUAUUUCAGGUAUCUUUGUCACGUCUAAGGUUUUGUCUACUCAUCCACCGGCCUCGUCCUUGCAACCUCAACAAUGGCUGAUCCCAAAUACGCCAAUUUGCCUGGAAUCGCGUCCAACGAGCCAGAUGUGUAUGAGACCAGUGACCUGCCGGAAGAUGAUCAGGCCCAGUUUGAGUCGGAAGAGCUGUGCAGUGACAGUGUGGAGAGGAUCGUGGUCAACCCCAACGCAGCCUACGACAAGUUCAAGGACAAGAGGGUCAACACUAAAGGCCUCGACUUCUCAGAUCGUAUCAGUAAGAACAAAAGAGUGGGCUAUGAGUCGGGAGAAUAUGAGAUUUUGGCGGAGGGCUGUGGGGUGAAGGAAACCCCCCAGCAGAAGUACCAGCGGCUGGUUAAUGAGAUCCAGGAGCUCAGUCAGGAGGUGGACACCAUCCAGGCGACCACAAGGGACAGCAGUUCAGAGGAGCGUCUGACCCCUGUAGUCCUAGCUCAGCAGGCUGCCCAGCUCAAACAGCAGCUGGUCUCUGCCCACCUGGACUCACUGCUGGGACCACAGGCACAUAUUAACCUAGCUGAUCCAGAUGGAGCUCUGGCCAAACGUCUGUUAACCCAGCUGGAGGCAGUGAGGGCCAGUAGAGGCAGUACAGGGGAGGGGAAGGCCCCAGCAGCUAAAGGUCCUGAUGGUGUGGUGUUGUAUGAGCUACACAGCCGGCCAGAGCAGGAGAAGUUCACAGACGCUGCCAAGAUGGCAGAGUUGGAGAAGCGCCUUGCAGAGCUGGAGACUGCUGUGGGUUCUGGAUCAGACAAACCGGGACCUCUGAGUGCUGGGGUGCAGGGAGGCAGUCUCAUGGACACCAUGGAGCUGCUGCAGGCGAGGGUCAGUGCGCUGGACUCAGCCACUCUGGACCAGGUGGAAGCCAGGCUGCAGAGCGUCCUUGGAAAGAUGAAUGAGAUUGCCAAGCACAAGGCAACCAUUGAAGAUGCUGGCACACAGAAUAAGGUGUCUCAGCUGUACGACGUGGUGCAGAAGUGGGAUGCCAUGGCAACCUCUCUGCCCCAGGUGGUGCAGAGGCUCAUGGCUGUCAAGGAGUUGCAUGAACAAGCCAUGCAGUUUGGUCAGCUGCUGACCCACCUGGACACCACCCAGCAGAUGAUCAACAACUCUCUGAAGGACAACGGGACACUGCUCUCACAGGUUCAGACAACCAUGAAGGAGAAUCUAAUGUCUGUAGAGGAGAACUUUGCAGCUCUGGACCAGAGAAUGAAGACUCUCAACAAAUAAAUCUUGUUUCUUUAAAAAAAAAUGUCAGGACAGUUGGACAAAUUGAGGGAGUGGAGGGCCUUCUCUCUCUCUUCUUCCACCUCAGUCUUCUUUUUUUCCUCGCAAAGUGGAAUGUUUGAUUUGAAAGUAUAAAAAAGAAAAAAACAUGACAAAAAAAGCUUACUACCCAAAUGGGCAAAUUGAUUUUUUUCCCCUCCCCUUCUUCCACAUCUCUCUCACAUUUGAAGUUUUUCAUUUGUUAUCAAAUGCAAUGCAUUACUACACCCACUAUCUAUAGAUAUCUAUAUAGUAUGUGUGUGUCACAUAUUAUUCCCUUCAAAGCUCGAUGGCUUUUUCUCAAUGAAUAAUAUUUAUCUGGAUCCUUUCCACCUCUUCAGCCACACUAGUUAUAUACUACGACAUUCAGCUCACUAUUUUCAUUGAAUGUCCAAUUUUGAGGGUUCAAAAAGUGGAAUAGCCAUGUCAGAGAAAAGACGUGUCUAGAAAAUUACUGCACAAAAACCAAAAAAACAAUGCUGAUAUAUCCACCCUUUUCCUGAAGUAUACACUUUGUACACUUCCUGUUGUGGAUUUAACAAUGGUGGAAACGCCCUCCAGCUAAUGCUUACACCAAUCCAAUGACGGGAAGUAUGCUAGUGCACACUUUGGGAGAAGGGUGAAGAAUCGGGACGCGUCGUCAACCGGAAAGACGAUGUAUGGACAUGUAGCAGUGUGCGUUGGGGAGGGGCCUGAAGUCCCGGAGGGAUGCUUGUAAAUAUGCCUGUGUACCUUAAAUGUUUCAUGCUCAGUUGCUUGUAACUUAUUAUCAUUGUGACUGAGACUAAAAUACCACACACUACUUUUAAAUCUUCUGCGUUGUUUGUCAUUGCCUACGAUGGACUGUACUGUACCUGACUCUUGAGAUAUCAUCUGAAUAAACAACAUGCUUCAACUACA